AUGGAAACAAAACCAUCAAUCUCCGAUCAUCAACCCAGAAUUAUCCGUUACCCGGCGCCGGCGGAAACAUAUCUCGAAGAUCACAUUGAAGAAAUCCUGUCAAGACUCCCCGUCAAGUCCCUAUUGAGAUUCAGGUGCGUAUCUAAAUCAUGGCGCGCAUUGAUCUCCAGCAAGCGUUUCAUCAAAGCCCAUCUCGAACAUUCGAGAAAGGACACCACAAACUUCACCCGUCACGUCAUCGUUUCAACCUCUACGCCGCCGGGGGGUAUUAGACUGAAGCACUGCUCUUUGCCGCCAUUGUUCUGUGGGCUUGUGGCCGAUUCUUCUGACGUUGAUUUUCCGAUUACGAAUCGCGUAGGUUCAGUUUGUAUCCGGGGCAACUGUAAUGGGCUCGUCUGCGUAGUCAUUGACAAGAAACAUAUUUACUUGUGGAACCCAUCCACUAGAAAGUUCAAGGAAAUGCCCCAUGCGGAUGCAGAUGUGGAUUCGAAUUCGGAUGAUACGACCAAGGCGAUAAUCGGAUUUGGGUUCGACGAGUCUAACGAGGACUACAAGGUUUUGGCAGUCUUUAAUGUGGGUAGAGAUGAAACUAAUGUGAAAAUCUAUAGUUUGAGGACUAAUUCUUGGAAAAUAAUCGAUGUAUUUAAGGAUGGUCUUACGCUUAGCGAAACCGGGACGUUGUGAGUGGAAAGAUUCAUUGGAGUAGAAGAAAAGGAUCCGAUUCCCGGGGGUGGGAUAUU